UAAAGGAUUUCUCGAACAUGCUAGAAAGAAUCAAGGCAAUGCUACACCGAUGGGGGAAUAACAUCAUAACACAAUGUACAACUGAAAAAAGUCGAGUUUCCAUAUUACUGCCCCUUUAAGCAACUUCUUGGGUGUCACACUUGAAGUUUUCUGAACUGACAGAUUGGAUCUUUCAUCAGUAAGAACAUUCAGCAGAGAUCCAACUCGUUCCACCUCUGACUUUAACCAUCUGUGACAGAAUCAGACCCUCUCGGUCGGUUAAAGUCUCAUUAAAGCAGCGAAACAGAAACUCCCAGAUGGAGUCCUUCAUCUCCAAGAAAACUUGGACGAAGGUGAGAAAUAAAAGACGUUUUCUCUGUUCUCCAGUUCUCCUGAUCAAAUUCUGCAGAUGUCAGGAGGCUGGAGAAUUAUUUCUGAACACCAAACAGAUUCUUGGUCAUGGCGCAGAGAUUCUCUUCUACAUGCAUGAGAUAAAAACCAUGCUGCACAUUUAAUCCCACGGUGAAUUAUUGCAGACAGAGAACCUGCUGAACUUGAAAACACACACAGGCUCUUCAUACAGACAGGCGUAAUAAAUCACAGCUAUUGGCUAUUUGCACAUUUUUAUGUCUAAAGGUACCAGAUUCAUCAAAAACAUCCCAACAUCCACAUUAAUAUGCGGCUUUAGAGUCAGCAGCAGGAAAAUCACAUCUUCAGGAAAACAGACUUUGCUGCUUUUACAUCUGUUUCUGUGAGGAUUUAACUUUCUGCACGGCUGGAAUUUAGUCACACUUUGAGAUUCAUCAGACAAUCCAAAGGGAGAAAUGGAGCAGGAAGCAAACAAAGGAGCUGGGCAGACAAAAGGUAGUGCUGAACCAAAGCAGAGUCUUUUUUGUACCUGAAUCAAACCGGAUCUGUCUACUAUAGGUCUGGAUCCAAACAGUCAGCAGCAGGUUUCCUAGUCUCCCUAAACUCAAUGCUGCCUCUACUGGCUGCAUUUCUGUCACCUCUGAGCUGCAGCAGCAUAUGAACCCAGAGAAAAUGGCAAAAACACCGGCUAUGUUUGAAAAACGCAAACAAAGCCAACAUGCUCUGCUUAGAUCAAACCAAAAUGAAAAUUUUAAAAUAAAUACAAAACCCUAAGGAGAAAAACCCCCGAACAUCUUGAUGACACUUGGUGGUGGCAGCAUCAUGCAGUUGGAACAGAAAGAUGGACGGAGCCUUGAAGACUUGAUGCUGGGCUGGAGCUUCACCUGCCAGCAGGACAACCAUCUUAAACAUCCAUGGUUUAGAUCAGAUCAGAUUCAUGGGUUAGGAUGACCUAGUCAAAGUCCAGACAUAAAUCCAACUGAGAAUGUCUGGUAAGAAUUGGAAAUUGAUCUUCACAGACAUUUUUCCCCCCAAAAAACAACAAAACAAAACAAACAAUAAAAACUAGAGCUUGGUUUAUUUUUAAAAGAAUGAGGGAAACUUUUUAAUCUUCUGUUUUUGAGAUUUCUUUAAAAAAAUGUCGGCAACAGCAAAGGGAGAAUAUUUAAUGCUCUGCAGCAAAUAAACCCUUUAACGGGACAUUAGGUGGGAUUUGUUGAUUUAUUUUGUUAAAUUACGAGAAUGAAGUCAUUAUUAUGAAAAUAACGAUUAUCAGCAGAAUGUUAGGAGAAAAAAAAGGUUGUUUUAGUGAUAAAAAAGCUCGGAUCGAGUUACUGUAGAAGAAUAAUGAUCAUGUUUUUAUCAUCGGAACCUCAAGAAGGAAUUCAGAUUAUAACUGAAAUGUUCCAGCUGGGCGAUUCCUGGAAACACUCAUAGAACAACAGCAAGAAGCCAAGAAAGAGCUGGACUGGUAGAGAACUACACACACACACACACACACACACCUACACACACAGCAUACAGCUGGGUUCCAGUAUAAACACGCGGAACAUGCAGUAAAUAAUGAACAGACAGAAACAGGACAACCAUCCGUGUGAUUUGAUUUAGUUUUGCCAUUUUUUUCGCUCCCAACAUGACAGCAGCUUUAAAAACGAGAUUCUUCUGCCGUGGCUUUCUGUGGUUCAUCCUCCUGAUUUAUUGAGUUUCACGUGGAAAACGAGCUGAAUGAAGCGCGCGCACAGCAGAGAGGGAGACUGCUCUCCAACAGGUGCAUCCUCCUCCUCCUCUUUCUCUUCCUCCUCCUGCUCCUCUUUACGCGCUCUCUCCCUGCCUCUGCUCACUCUGCGGCUCAGACCUGCAGCCCUCAGAUCAAGUGUUGCUCCAAACUUUUCUCUCCGCUCUCAGGCUGAUCCAGCUGCACCACCGCGCUGGUUUUACGCGCAGCAGCUCCUACAGCUGGAGCUCCCCUUCUCCCCAGCAUGGAUGACGAGUUCCUCUCCAACCUCUCCCCGGCUCCCCCCGGAGACCCCGAGGCGUUGACCCCCAACUCCACCGUGGAGCCCGGCUGGUGGGGGGCCUCCGACGGCGGGGAGACGGUGCACUUCGUGGUGCGCUGCGUCAUGACCUCUGUCUACAUCCUCAUCAUCACCGUGGGUCUGCUGGGGAACAUCAUGCUGGUGACGAUCUUCAUCACCAACAGCGCCAUGCGCAGCGUGCCCAACAUCUUCAUCUCCAGCCUGGCGGCGGGCGACCUGCUCCUGCUGGUCACCUGCGUGCCCGUGGACGCGUUCCGGUACUUCUCGGAGGAGUGGGUGUUCGGCGAGGCGGCGUGCAAGCUCAUCCCCGUCAUCCAGCUCACCUCAGUCGGCGUGUCGGUGUUCACGCUCACGGUUCUCAGCGCGGACAGGUACAAGGCCAUUGUGAAUCCGAUGGACAUCCAGACAUCUAGCGCCGUCUUCUGGACUUGUCUGAAAGCCGUUUCCAUCUGGCUGCUGUCCGUCCUGCUGGCCGUCCCUGAAGCCAUUUUCUCACAAGUGAUUUCCAUGCAGGGUCACAAGGACAACAUGAACGUCACCUUCGUGAACUGCGUGCCCUACCCGCUGUCCAAUCAGAUGCAUCCCAAAAUCCACUCUGUGAUGAUCUUCCUGGUUUACUUCCUGAUCCCUCUGACCAUCAUCUCAGUGUAUUACUUCCACAUUGCCCGCACGCUAAUCAAGAGUGCCUACAACAUGCCGGGGGAAGUCAGUGAACACACCAAGAGACAGAUGGAGACGAGGAAGCGCCUGGCCAAGAUCGUGCUGGUCUUCGUGGGCCUGUUUGCCUUGUGCUGGUUCCCCAACCAUGUGCUCUACAUGUACCGCUCCUUCCACUACCACCAGAUGGAUCUGUCGCUGGCCCACCUCGUCAUCACGCUGGUGGCCAGAGUCCUCAGCUUCUCCUCCUCCUGCGUCAACCCAUUCGCCCUCUACCUGCUCAGUGAGAGCUUCCGCCGGCACUUCAACAGUCAGCUGCGGUGCGGUCGAGGUCCCCGUCCUGAACGCCAACCCAGCUACAUGCACAGCACCUCUCACAUCCACCUCACAUCCAUCAAGAAGACCACGCCCACCGCCGUCAUUGUGGCUCCGGCAGCAAACGGGAACUCCAACACUCAGGAAGUGGCUCUGUGAAGUUUCCAGGAUCCUCUGCAGAGAGACGAUAAUCAUGUUUGAGAGGGACUCUGGGGAAAAAACCCAGAAAAAAAACUUCUGACAUGUUCCACCAAUUGGAUGAUUCACGGCAUCAGGAUAAAUCAUGACCAUCAUAAACAACCAAAACAAGAAGUGCCUCUUUGAAACAAAAAAGAGCAGAAACACCCUGAGAAUGUGUUACAACUCAGAACGCCGGUGACCAACCAAGGCUGUAGAAACAGGCAUCAGCACAUCCAGUCUGAAGUGUGGAAACGGUUUGUCUGAACUUUUUCAGAUGUGCAACCACUGCAUGUCUGUGAAUGCAGUGGUUCAUAGACAUCCAAAGGGGUUGGGUAGAGUAGAUGAACCUGGAAAUGUCUGCAAACUCCUGUCAUCUUUGGAGAUAUGAAGGCAGUUGUGUCUGUUCAGCUCAAUGGGAAGCUUUACAACUCAAAACUGAAAAAAAUUAACCUGCAUGUGGCUCUGCUAGGCAGGCGCUGUGCAGAUAAACAGUCACUGUUCUACAGGUAGAAAUACCAGGUAAGGUUCAGGUAAUGAAGUCAGUACCGUGAGAGUUUGGUUAUGUAUACUUCCAGGAGAAGAGUCACUACCAGGCCUUUCCCUUCCUUUAAUGUCCAGAAUUGACUCACAUUUCAAGUAAAAUAUUGUAAAACAGUGAAAAAAAAUGGUCUUUUAUUGAACAUCACUCACAGUGAAAAUCAGACCUAUAAUUAGAGUUUGGAAAACAUCUAAAAUUAACAACAUGCUGUUUUAACAAAAUCACUUUCACAUCACUGGCUGUCAUCACAAACUCCUCCAAUAAAAUGUGAGUGAAACAUUUUUAUUUGUAGCUGUUCAAAGUUGAUCAAGUGUCUGAGAGCUUCUAGUUACAAAUCUACAAAUUUCUGCUUCUUUGAUGUUCAAAUAUGACGUGACAGAAAAACCCAAAUCCCCAUCAAGCAAAACGGAAAAGACAAAAUAAACACGCCAUUCAAGUAAGAAAGGUUUGUGUCGAUCUAUGUUCAUCUUGUCACCAUGGAGACGGUAUGGCAGGUAGGAAUACCACCAACUCUGACUGGUAGAGAACUGGAGCAGCGACUGGAGUCACAAUGUCUCCCUAACAACCAUUAGAUGUCGUUUUGAAGGAAAGCCAAAAAAAAAAAAAAAAAAGCUUAUUUCAUCCUACCAUCACAAACGUGUUCAUUGUGAUGGUACAUUGUUAUUCUACUGGGACCUUAAGUGCAAAUGUUGCUUUUCCUAAGGGUUUUUGGUGUGAUAACGGAUGAAUCACUUCAUGUCUCCUGAGUAAAGUAGAAAAUCUGUAAUGCUGUGGAACCACGACAUCAACACAAAGGUGAAAAUAGAUCCUUCAUUGGAUCUAAAACAUUUGGCCAAGUCUACUUCACCAGACACCAAAUUAACUUCUUCUAAGGUUAUCUCAUCUAAAGCCUACAGAAGAGCUGAAUAAAGAAAGCAUCCAUGGGAACCAGGAUUCAGAGACUGGGAUUGCUGGGAUUGCUGCUUAAUUACUGAACCAGUGGCAAAAAGGAGUGGGGCAAAGUGUUCACACCAAUAACUGAUGAUUUUGUUUAAAAGCUAUUUCUUCUCAUGUUAUUUUCCACAAUUACAGGCUGGAUUUUGAGAAAGAAGAUUAUAUUUUAAUGGUUUAUAUACAUAGUUACUAACAGGUGGUCAAUAUUUAAUUAUUGAGAAAAAAAAAAUUUCAUGGUGCCACAAUUAUCAGAACAUCUUAAAGAUGUUUGAACUUUGGAGGUUUAAAUGAUUGAAUUAUUUUAAGAACAAAAUGAUCAAUGUGUGAGUUUGAUAACAACACAUUGGUUUCCCUAAAAGCAGCAAACAUCGCUAGUGACUGUUGAUCUGCUGGCAGAAACGCCUCCGCAGGUUCAGGAAGUGAUUAUUUGGAAUUAAUUAACCGAAAGUGAGCUGAACACAAUCCCCAUUUUCCCUCUGCAGCCUGUAAUUAGUGUCUAAUUGUAUUACGGGAAUGCAUUUUUAUUAAAGAGCCGUGAAGUAAACGAUUUCAGGAAUCAGUCAAACUGUGUUUAAUUAAAUGGGAUGAUAUACUUCCAGGAGUCAAGUUUUGAGUUUUCAGCUAAUCCUGCUGCUAAUAUUUAUUUCCAUCUGGCUGCUGCGGGUUGGGUGGUUACCGGCCCAGCAUGCCCUCCUUCCUGUGGGGCUUUAAAGACAGUGACAGACAGAGAGGAAAGUGAUGCCUUAUGGAGAGAUUCCUGCGGAUUGCAUAGACUAACAGAGCCCAGUGAUUAUCAUCAUCGCUUUGUGUUGGUGCUUCAACCUCAACUCAGAUGUGAUGAUUUGUGCUUUAUUUUUAUGAAACUCUCCACAAUUUGCUCUUCUUUAAGCCAUGUUCUGAUAUUUUUCCUUCUUUCAGAUGCUUGAUGUGUAUUUUUUGUAUUACGCAUGCUUCUUGUUUUUCUGCUUUGCUCUGUAAUAAAUGUUCCUGUGCAGCCACCGUUUGGUCUCUGCUUGAUGGAAACCCUUGAAUAAAGGUUUAGUCCGUGUAA